AGAGCUGAAAAAGGGAACAUCUAUUCGGUCAACUUAAUGUAAAAGCCAAAUGGCUGCAGAAAGAAAUAUUCUUAGUUUACGGUUUAAUCAGGAUCAAGGAUGUUUCACAUGUUGUAUGGAGUCUGGUCUUAGGGUAUAUAAUGUGGAACCGUUGGUUGAGAAAGCACAUCUGGAAAAUGAUGUCAUGGGGAGUAUAGCCAUUGCAGAAAUGCUAUGGAGAACAAACAUUAUUGCAAUAGUAGGUGGUGGUACAAGACCAAAAUUCGCAGAGAAUACAGUACUUAUUUACGAUGAUUUAUCGAAAAAAUUUGUAAUGGAAGUCACAUUCACUAGCCCUAUCAAGGCUGUCAGACUACGUAGAGACAAAAUGGUGGUGGCACUUCAACGAGAAAUACAUGUCUUUUCGUUUCCUAUGCCAACAAGAAGAUUACUGACAUUAGAAACAAGAGACAAUCCAAAGGGAUUGAUCGAAGUCGCUACAUUGGCUACCGCACAAAAGCAGCUUCUCGCGUUUCCUGGUCAUAAGCAGGGCAGUGUACAGUUAAUCGAUCUUGGUGCUACAGAAGCUGGAAGUUCUAGUGCUCCUGCAACCCUUGCAGCCCAUCAAGGUGCAUUGGCUUGUCUCGCAGUUAAUAGCAGUGGUACAAUGAUUGCAACUGCUUCCACGCAAGGUACAUUAGUCAGAGUGUGGGAUAGUGUACGUAGACACUUACUAGUGGAAUUGAGGAGAGGUGCUGAUCCUGCUACACUUUACUGCAUCACAUUUAGUAGAGAUUCGGAGUUCCUGUGUGCGUCCAGCGACAAAGGAACUGUACAUAUAUUUGCAUUAAAAGAUACUCAAUUGAAUCGCAGAUCUACUUUCUCAAAAAUGGGUUUUUUGGGAAAUUAUGUCGAAAGUCAGUGGGCACUGGCUACUUUUACCGUACCACCAGAAUGCGCUUGUGUAUGUGCAUUUGGUACAAGGAGCUCUGUCAUAGCUAUUUGUAUGGAUGGAACAUUUCACAAAUAUGUUUUCACAGCUGAUGGAAACUGCAACCGUGAGGCAUUUGACGUCUUCCUAGACGUUUGUGAUCAUGACGACUUUUAAUACGGACUGUAUAUUAUGUUUAUA